UACAAAUGCUCCAUCAAUGCCACUUUCCUACAGCAAAGGCUUUUGUCUCAUUAGAUCCACAUGCCUAGGCAUUGCUCUGUUUCAUCAUCAAAUCAAAAUGCCAUGGAAAAUUCAAACUCAGUGUUUGAGGAAGAUGGUGAUUUUGAUCUUGCUGCUGAAGAAGAAAAGUGUUCGAUUCACUGGAAAGAAUUAUUCCGCUUGGGAAUUUCAUUUUCAAGUAUUUGUCACAGGGAAAGAAUUGUGGGGUCAUGUGGAUGGCAGUGAUCCAGCCCCUACCGAUUCUACAAAGUUGCUUCAAUGGAAGGUCAAGGAUGCUCGGGUUCAUGAGCAAAGCAAACGCGAUCAAUUUUUAAUGAAAUUGCGAUUUGAAUUUGAGAUUACUCGCUCAAAUUUAAUGAACCGAGAUCCUUUUCCCUCCUUGGAUGUUUGUUUUGGGGAAUUACUGCGCGAAGAGCAGCGUCUUCUUACACAAGGCAUUUUCAAGUAGGACGAUUCAACUGCAGUUGCUUUUGCGGCUCAGGGAAAAGGAAAGGGUCGGAAUAUGAGCAAUAUACAGUGCUAUAGCUGCAAAGAAUAUGGACAUAUUGCUAAUAAUUGUAGAAAGAAGUUAUGCAAUUAUUGCAAACAGCAAGGUCAUAUUAUCAAAGAUUGCCCCACCCGUCCUCAAAACCGUAGAAUAAAUGCUUUUCAAAUUGUGGUGUCCGACAACUCAUCUACGACAGCUGCAUCCAGUACUCUUACUCGUGAAAUGGUAUAACAGAUGAUUCUUACAGCCUUUUCAGCCUUGGGGCUACAAGGUAAUAAUUCCAAUUCUUAAUUUUGGCUUGCUGAUUCUGCUGCCUCAAAUUAUAUGACCAACUCAUCUAGUAUGCUUAAAAAUGUGCGUGAGUAUCAUGGUUCAUCACAAAUUCAGGUUGCUAAUGGUGGUCAUAUACCCAUUACUAAGGUUGGAGAUAUCACUCCAACUUUCAAGAAUGUUUUUGUAUCAUCAAAGUUGUCUAGUAGUCUUAUUUCGGUUGGUCAAUUGGUGGAUGAUAACUGUGAUGUGUAUUUUUCUCGUAAUGACUGUCUUGUGCAGGAUCAGGUGUCGGGGAAGGUAAUCGCGAAAGGGGCUAAAGUUGGAAGAUUAUUUCCGCUACAUUUUUCCAUUCCUCCUUGUCUAUCUUUUGCUUGUACAACUAUUCAAAAUAAGAGUGAAGUAUGGCACAAACGUUUAGGCUAUCCAAAUUCUGUUGUUUUGUCUCAAUUGUUGAAUUCUGGUUUGUUGGGAAAUAAAACUCAAUUUUCUUCUCA